AAGGAACAGAAUUACACCCAUCUUGGGUACAAAAUCUCUUGUAUGUGAAACUCCUCAUAUAUAUGAAAAAAAAUCUCAACCAUCUUGUGUAUGAAUUAAAAGCAGGGAAACACGCACAAUGGUACAUGCUGAAACGUUUUCUCGUCCUCUAACUCGGAAUGAAGUUGUUGGUUUAAUUUUUCGCUUAACAAUAUUUGGUGCUGUGACCUAUUUUACAAUUAAAUGGAUGGUAGAUGCAAUUGAUCCAACAAGGAAGCAAAAAGUAGAAGCCCAAAAGCAGGCAGAAAAGUUGAUGAAGCAAAUAGGUGUGAAAAAUGUGAAGCUUUCUGAAUAUGAGAUGAGCAUUGCUGCACAUCUGGUAGAUCCUCUUAGUAUGCACGUGACAUGGAAUGAUAUUGCAGGCUUAGAUGAGGUUAUUACAGACCUGAAGGACACAGUUAUUUUGCCAAUAAGAAAAAAACAUCUGUUUCAAAAUUCGAGACUUCUACAACCACCAAAAGGAGUGCUGCUCUAUGGCCCUCCAGGUUGUGGUAAAACCUUGAUUGCUAAAGCUACGGCAAAGGAAGCGGGUUGCCGCUUCAUUAAUCUUCAGCCCUCAACGUUGACAGACAAAUGGUACGGCGAAUCCCAGAAGCUGGCAGCCGCUGUUUUCUCUCUUGCUAUAAAGCUCCAACCCUCUAUCAUCUUUAUUGAUGAAAUAGAUUCUUUUCUACGAAGUCGUUCAAGUUCUGAUCAUGAGGCCACAGCUAUGAUGAAAGCCCAGUUCAUGAGUCUCUGGGAUGGUCUAGACACUGAUUUUAAUUGCCAAGUGAUAGUGAUGGGAGCUACCAAUCGCCCUCAGGAUCUUGAUACUGCCAUUAUGAGAAGAAUGCCUACAAGAUUUCAUAUCAAUCAACCUUCACUAAAACAGAGGGAAGCAAUCCUGAAACUUAUUUUGAAAAAUGAAAAUGUGGACAGGCAUGUGGAUCUCCUGGAAGUCGCCAAAGAAACGGAUGGGUUUUCAGGAAGUGACUUGAAAGAAAUGUGCCGCGAUGCUGCACUGCUGUGUGUCAGGGAAUAUGUAAAUACUGCAUAUGAAGACAGCAAUGACGAAGAUGAGAUUCGCCCAGUGCAACAAAGGGAUUUGCAUCGAGCCAUCGAGAAGAUGAGGAAAUCAAAGGAUGCAACGAAUCAAAGUGUUCUGAUGCAUGUUAGUUUAGAUUAAGGUUACCUACCCAUCGCUUGUUUUGGUGACUGGUAAUUUAAAUAGUACAAGUCAAUUGAUCAAAAAAACUCCAUCCUUUUAACGAUUGUUUCUGGAAUUGUUUUUAUAUGCUGAUACCUAAGUUAUUGAAACCUAGUAAUUUUUCAGAAUUGGAUUGGGUCCGUGUGACAAGACAGAUCAUGACAGGGAGGGAUAUAUUCUUGCUUAAAACAAUGUCCUUGUUGCAGCCUUAAAAAUGUGUUGGUAGGUUUUCACAUGGCACAUGGUUGCUCUGAGAGGGAGAGCAGAGCCUGUGUAUAUAUGUAUGAGACAAUGUGUGUGUAUAUAUAUAUGAUACGUAUGUGUAUCCACAGGUUUUUAUAUAGAGACAUAAUAUGUAGAAAACUUGAAAUCCAUUCAUUCUUUUUCUUACUUACUUACUAUCUGGAUCGAGUUAGAUCAUGGGGUUAAAAUAAUAACUGCCACAGUUCCCUAAUGCACAGACAGAAAUUUUACUUUUUGGGAGGAGUCUGUGUGUGUGUGUGUGUGUAUCUGUAAUGUAGGGAAAUUCUCAUUUCUCCUUUGCAUCACAACUGUCAGUUUGCGCAGGUGCCAAUGAUGUAAACAUAAAUUCUGCACACAUCUCAUGAAUGUUUUCAUCUUGUAUGAUCCUAUAAAUUGUAUUCUUUUUAAUAUCUUUUUAUAUAAUGGAAGCUUACCAUUGUAGGCAGAACACUGGAAACUACAGGUUGUUAAUAUUUUCUUUUAUUCCCGAAUUGUGAAUAAUGUCCUUUAUUUCAUUACUGGACAUAAAUGCUGCCAUUGCUAAAUUUCCUACUUUACUGCUCGAAACAUUCUAACAGCUUUAAGUGGAAAUGACAAUUAUAUUGACAUCAAGGGCAAUGGUUUUUAAUUUUAGUUAAUUUCUUUCUAUAAGAUAGGGGUCUUGCAGAGAGUAGGAAAUAAUCAUAUUUCAUAUUUAUUAUGAAAUAAUAGGAAAGAUUGGAAUAAUGAAAUUUAUUUUCUUAAAUUCAUUUACUGUUAUGUCUCUUCCCCCAAAUUCAUAUCUGUGCUAAUUCUAGGUAUAUAUAUGUAAGCUUCUUUUCUUGGGUAUGGAACCAAAAUGUCUUUUACAGAUCAUAUCCUAACUAGAAUGAUUCCCUUUUUUCUUCUUCCUAUGUGUCCAUUUCAAAAUGGAAAAUCUGUCGCCAAGGAGAACACAAUUCAGUUAGUUUUAAAUAAAGCAGAUUUUGUCAAAUGAAAACAAUACUUUUAAAAAUCCACCCAAGUCAGCCCAUCUUUGAAUUCUAGUCCCAUUUAAGUGGUUAUUCAGAAUAUUUGGGAUUAAGAACUGAGUGGGUAAAUGUAUAUGUGAUGAUCAAAUGCUUUUGCAUCAUUGACAACAUAAAAUAAAAAUGGGGGCCGGAUGUCAUUUAAUUUUCCUUUUAUUGCUAAAUCAGUCCUAUCCAACCCCCUUGUACAUAUCAGAAGUACGUACAUAUCUGAGGUAUGUAGCUGAAAAGAAAAAUACUUGAAAAAUAUCUAUGUUUUUGGACACGCUGCUCUGAUUUUCAGCCAUACAUAUAAAUACAGCUUGAGAUAUCAGUAAAUUGACCUUUUAAAGUCAUUUGCACAAAUCUCUCUUGCAAUAUUAAAACUUAGGACAAAUUCCUUUGGUAGAUUUUGGUAAAAGUACUUGAUUUAAUUCUUCAGUUAAGUCUUCCAUUUUAAUGAGCAUUAUUGUAUUCUGAUAAUAAUUCUUUGUUGAUGUCUCAAAUUUAUUCUACUCAAUUUUAGCCAUACCUCAAAGUAUAAAAUUAAUAACUUUAUCUGACCAUUUCAUAAAACUGCUGUAUCUUUCCAGUGUUUUCUAUGGCCUGUAAAUAAAUGUCACACAGUAAGUCUCUGUUGUACCUCAUGUUCUAAAGAUUUAUGAAUGGUGGUGAAUAAUCUUUUGCCACAACAGCAAAGCUAGAUAUUAGUAUUUCUGACCAAAUAUAUUCAUUUUAAGAUAUAUUAUUUCACUUCAUAAUUUUCAUAAGCUCAGAAUAGUCCCAUUUCAGUUUAUAGUAGCAUAAAUCAUACUUCGUUUCUCUCUCACAGAGUGAAAAAAGGUUUUAUCUUUUUUCUUUAAAUGUUUUGAUUUAUUUUGCAAGAGGGAAAGUUAAAUGUCACUGAUUCCAGGUUUGUUUUAAGGACAGUGGUUAGGAUCCAAAGAUUGUAGCAGCUCAGGAAAUUUCAGCAGAUGCUCUUUACGCAUGAAGUCUCUCAAGACUUUAAAAAACCUUGGUCAAUACUUCUGAUGUCCUUUGUCACUGUAUUUAAAACAUGACUUAAAAUGGGGGUCCCCAAACUUGGCAACUUUAAGACUUGUGGACUUCAACUCCCAGAAUUCUCCAGCCAGCAUAGCUCCCAGAGAAUUCUGGGAGUUGAAGUCCACAAGUCUUAAAGUUGCCAAGUUUUAGAGACCUCCGACUUAAAAUUUCAAGCCUGUUUGCCUUCUGACUCCAUCAUUCCAACAGUAAGUAUUAAUUUGGUAGGCAUAAUUUAAACAUAGGAAGUAAGAAACACCUGAAAAUGUCGAAUGAAUCCCCCCUCAACUUCUUUAAGAGAUAAUACAUGUGAACAAUCUGUUUAAUUUCUAGAACUAUUUUUAGGUAUUUAUUCCACCAGACGUAUUGCUAUAUUAGUAUUAAGAUAGAGAUUUUUAUGACCCUCCUUGGUUACUAAGCACCAUUAGCUAUCCCUGAGACCUAGCUGUAUAGUUUUAUAAUAAAAUAUUUAUCUGCAUUUAUACACUAAAGAGCAGUCUUGCUCAAAGGUACUCAAAGGUACCAAUUGUCACAAAUGGAAAUUCUCUUUCCAUUUUUGAUAGUUAUGGUCUGAUUAGGAUGAUAGCAACUUCCCAUUGAAAGUUCACAGUAACUUCCUUCAAAGGAACAAUUUUGUUUACGAUUUCCAGAGAAAUAACUUCAUUAGUCUGUAGCACACAAAAAUAGCAGUCUUUUGGCAUAGUCAUAGUUCCAUGGCAUAAAUUUGCAUAUUCAACAGCCCAAUGUUUGCCUUAUAAAAUUAUUUGACUUCCAGAUGAAAAUAUUAGUAUAUUAUUAUUAUUUUUUUGGGGGGGGGGGAAUAGGGACUUAUUUAUAAGAUCAACUGACUUAAGAAAAUUUAUGGAAAGUUUCAUGUCUCCUCCUUUGCUACCCCUACAAAACUACUCCAAUUGUUGAGGAAUGUUUCCCAAGUAAGAUGGAAUGGAUGCAGAAGAUUUUCGGAAGAAUUAUUCCAAAUAAAACAGAAACUUCCCAGUGUUGACUUCUUCUUACUUCCUUGUUUUAAGAGCCAUUGUUUCAACAGAGCACCUUCCUUUAUAAAGGGGCCAUGUUAACACCAUUAUGGCACUAUGUCAUUAUCGUACUUUUAGCUCUUCCAACAUUCAGAUAAGCACGUAACUGAAUGUUGACUCUUUGCGCAAUCAAGAUGGUUCUUGAAUAGUUAAAAACAAUCCAUAAUGCAUUUACAGAUGAGGUUGUUGCUCUUCUUGUGCACUAUUCUAAAAUUAAAUUCCAGUAACAUCAAGGGCUUGACUAGCACUUGUUUUCAUCUUGCAAAAGAAGAGGUGUCUACCCUUUUCCUCUUCCCAUCUUGCAGUUGACAUGGUAUGUUAAGAGCUCCAUGUGAAGGCCGAAUGCCUGCAACUAGUUUGAAAGGUGGAGAUGAUAGAUCUGCUAAUAUUAAGCAUACAUGAUCUCUCUGUGGGGGCUCCUGUUUCUUGUUGGUGUGUGAUUUUGGAGUAGGAGUGGGCUGUUCACUGUUCCGUCACGGACACCAUGUCUGUAGUUGUAUUUACGGCGCUGUGGUUGUGUCAGGUUUAUGUGUCAUCCUAUUUUACUCAUGAGAGUAAAGUAGUCCACCAAGAGUUUUGAGACUCUGAAAUCUAAGCAACAAGCUUUGUCAUUAGGCAUGUUUGUGCUUUAUUAUUGCCAUUGCCAGCAUAUGGAGUUUCCAUUGACGUAAAAGAGCACAACCACUCUGUAAAAUAAUAAUGGGCAUCGGAAUAUUUAAGGGUUCCUUUCUUAAACCUGAAAACCCAUUGACAAAAUUGAGCUUGAUUAAUUAGAGAAUGAAGCAAUAAAUGUGACAUGAUCAUGGCAAAUCAUUUAAAA